AUGAGUACCAAAUGUAACUUAUUAUCUGGUACAUUACCAGAAUUUGUUUAUAAAUGUGCUGGAAUUGAUCGAGUUGCAGCUGUAUUUGAUGAUGAAAAAAUCACUUUUACAUUUGCAGAUAUAAAAAAAGAAAUGGAUACAUUAGCGGCAGGCUUAUUAUCAAUAGGACUUAGGCCACAAGAUCGUAUUCUUAUUUGUGGCUCAAAUACAGCUCAUUUUUUUAUUUGUCCAUUAGCAUGUGCAAGAGCUGAUUUAAUCUUUUCAUUAAUGAGUCCAAAUUUUGCAAAUGCUGAGCAACUCAAAUAUGCACUUGUUAAGGGUGAAUUUCGUGCUAUAAUUUGUUUUCCGGCUAAUCGUGAAAUUGAAUUUUUGAGUAAUUUAUUAAAUGAAAUAUCACCAGAAUUAAUGUACUCAGUUAAAGGCCGCUUAUAUAGUAAAGUGGUACCAAGGCUGAAUUAUGUAAUUAUGGCUGAAGAAGAACAUAAACAUGCUGGUACAUUUACAUUAUCCGAAAUUUAUGGACGAAGCAAUCGAGAGAAAGUCGAUAAAUUGCCGAAUUUUAUGACGUGGGAUACGCAUAAACUUGCAGCAUUGCAAUUCACGUCUGUACGUUACAUUUAUGCUUUAUUUUCAAAAAAUUAUUUUUUUUGA